AUGGCGUCUAAAUCGGUCUUUCGUGCGCAAAUACCGAUAAGAGUGAAAGGUAAUGUGUCAUGUGCUAACCACCACGGUACUGAAGUGAGUCUCUGCUGCCGACAGUGCUCAGAACUGGCCUGCAUCCGUUGCAUAGCUAGCGUUCACGACGGACAUGUGCUGGACAGUCUAUCUGAAGUCAUUGCUACAAAGAAAGGUAACAUUCAGUCAUUUAUUGUCCGAACAGAGCAGAACGAUGUUAUCAAUUUGAAAACAGAAGUUGGAUCCAUCGCUCAAAAGCUAGAAGAGAAUGAAAGUAAAUUUCAACUACAUCAAAAUGAACUAGAAAAGCAGGGUAACCAAUUGAAAGACGCAAUCGAUAUUAUCAUAAAGAAGUCCAUCUCCAGUUGUACAGAACUCAAGCGGGAAAAUGAAAAACGUCUAAACAAGUAUAAAAACGACCUGGAGACGAGAAUGACUGAUCUGACCGAAUUGGUACAGAAAUGUCGAGACACUAUAGAAUCAGAUUGUGACGUUGAGAUAUUUGACACGGAGAAAGAAUUAGAUAUGUCACCAACUGUGGCACUUAACUUGUGCAACAUGAACUUUACACCAAACAUGCAACCCCAAGGGUAUCUAGACCUUGCUAUGGGGAGAAUAACUGCUGUUGGAUACCAAUUGAAUGCUUUUAAUGUCAAUGAAGAUGAUGAUGCACAGUCUUCGAUGAAAACAUUGAAAGAAGUAACACAGAGAAAAGCUCCAUACAACGUCAGUGCCAUUUGUGCUAACAAAGCGCAAGGGGCGUGGAUCUGCAGUAGCGAAGUAUCAUCUGUUUAUCAGUUAAAUGAUUCAAUAUGGAGAUGUGGAAAAGAAGAUUGCAAAGUUCGUGUCAAUGAUAUAGGUAUAUCACCAGUUACCGGCAACUUGUGGGCAAGUUCAGAAGAAAACAAUGCGAUAAUUGAGAUCCAAACACAAGGUUCAGCAGUCAACAGGUUUACAACUACUUCAUCUCCACGAUGUCUCUGUGUGACAAGAGAUAGCAGGGUCAUUGUUGGGAUGGCUCGCAAACUUGUUUGUUGUGAUGCUCAUGGAGAUAUCCUGCUUAACAAGAUUGUUAGCACACCAACUAAGGUCGCUUCCUGUUCUACCUCCGGGAACCUAGCUGUGGUCGAGUUAGAUUUCCCCGAGCACGAAGGCAAAGGAAAGCCUCAUAUCUUGGUUCUGGACAAAGUGUUCAAAGAGUGUUAUCGAUUUUACAAUGACAGAGAGGGAAAAGGAAUGAAUCCAGAAAGUUCUGCUUUAAACACAUUCCGUCCUAGUGAUAUAGUUUUUGAUUCCGCAGGAAAUCUGUUAGUUGGUGACUAUGGAAACAAAUCCAUUUUGAUCCUCGAUACUACUGGAGAGGUGGUCAAAUCCAUUUACAGUGAUUCCUGGCAUGUCGUGGCGAUGAGCAUCAACAGUGAAGACAGUGUGUGGGCAGUGUUUAGGUACCGAGAUUACCCUAACUAUAAAAUCAAAGUGUUGAAACCCAUGUAUUAA